CUUGGAUUUCACUGCCAGGCUGACACGUCACCUAACAUCAAUCCAAGGGCCAGAAGUGGAAGCUUCUCUCUCCUAGUGAGAGCUCUCUACUGUUCAUAGUAGCACCCUGAGCUUUGUCUCAGUUUUCCUCCACCGCCCCCAACCGUCUCCUCCUCUCAAUUAAUCCAUCCAUCCCCAUACUCUGUUCCUCCAGUCUUUCAACCAUCUCCGUUCCUUCCCAUACUCACGCAUACCGAUCUCCACCGCUAUCUCCCAUCCCUUAAUUUUUCUCUUCAUCUUUAUCCACUGUUGAUUUCGCCCAUCCUCCACCACCACUAUACCUAAUCCGCCUUCUCGUCCAAAAUCAGUCCCUUUAAACAUUUUCCAUCCCCCAAUUAAUCCAUCCUUCACAACCCUCAGUUUCACCGCCAGAAGCUUCCACUUCUGGCCCUUGGAUUGAUGUUAGAUGACGUGUUAGCCUGGCAGUGAAAUCCAAGCAGAUCCUAGCACUGCCUGUUAUGGCAGAGAAGCCGAGUCCCUCUCUGUCUUCCAUUUCAUCCAUAUUUUUGUUAUCAGGCUCUCUUGUUUGAUCACAAGGCUUACAAAGAUUUGUUCACUAUUGUCUCCUCUCCAAGCCUAGCUCUCUUGUGGAUUUGUAAUAGCUGAAGCUAAUGGAGUUCGUCGAGAUGUCGUUGGCGAUUAUUGUGGUAAUUGUGACAUGGAUCGGUGCCAUAGCUACUAUUAAGUGGAUAUGGACUCUACUGAAGCAUUGGUUCGGUUACAUGGUUGAAAGGCGUGAGCCAAUUGGCAUCGCUACUGAGUGGAAGUAUGAUGUGUUUUUGAGUUUCAGGGGUCCUGACACUCGCAAGGGGAUUACAGUCGACAUACAGGAUCGACUUAAUAGGAGAGGAAUUAAAACGUUCAUGGAUGAUCGAGAUCUUGAAGUAGGGAAUGUUAUUAGUCCCGCUCUCUUAACAGCAAUCAGAGAAUCAAAGUUUGCAAUCGUUGUUCUCUCGCAAAAUUAUGCUUUUUCUACUUGGUGUUUGGAGGAACUUAGAGAGAUUUGUCUUUGCAUGGAAGACAACAGAAUUUUGCCACUUUUUUAUGAUGUUGAUCCUGCUUAUGUUCGAUAUCAGAACGGGAGAUACGGAGAUGCUUUCUCUAAGCAUGAAACCUCUGAGCGACAUGAAUCAAAGAAGGUGAAGCAAUGGAGAGCUGCUUUAAAAAAAGUGGCUGACAUUUCUGGGUGGAAUACAAAUGAUUAUAAGACUCACAAAGAACUUGUUGACAUCAUUGUGGAAUCUCUCUGCAGUAAAGUACCACCUGAUGCAAUUGAAUCCACAGGAGAUUUCCAAGCAUAUGAAGCAACAACAGAAGCCAUGAAUAAGGUUAUGAAGGAGCUAACAGACAGCGAGAUCAGUGCCGUUGGUGUCUACGGCAUGGGCGGCGUUGGAAAGACAAGCAUGGCGAGACAUGUAGCUGCAAAAGCCUGCAAAAACGGUACUUUUAACCGUUGGAUUAUAGUUGCCAUAUCCCAAAGCCCCGACUUGAGAAAAAUUCAAGACACAUUGGCAGAUUUCUUGGGCGUUAAAUUGGACAAGGAGACAGAAGAUGGAAGAGCAGCUGCGCUGCAUAAGGAGAUAAUGAGAAGAGGAAGACUCCUGAUAAUCUUGGACGAUGUUUGGAACAGAAUAGAAUUGUCAGCCAUAGGAAUUCCCAGCUACGAGGAGCUUCAAAAGUGCAAUUCCAAAGUCGUACUCACCACACGGAGAAGGAAUGUCUGUCAUGUCAUGAAGUGCCAAGCAAGCAUUCCUCUCAAUAUCUUAUCAGAACAAGAUUCUUGGACCUUGUUUCUGAGAAAUGCAGUAAUAAAUCCUUUUCAGUCCACCACAUUUGAGAAUGUGGCGAGGAGGGUAGCUGUAGAAUGUAAGGGUCUACCGAUUGCUUUGAUAGCUGUUGCAAGGGCACUCGGAGAUGAGGACCUGGGGGAAUGGGAAAAGGCAGCUGAACUACUAGAGCAGUCGCGAUGUGCCAAUCCUAACCAUGAGGAUGAAAAUGCAUUCAAUUGUAUCAGAUUAAGCUAUGAUUACUUGAAAAGUGAAGACCGCAAGUCAUGCUUCUUGCUCUGUUGCCUAUACCCAGAAGACCAUGAAAUCGAAAUGGAAGACUUGUUCAGGUAUGCGAUCGGAAAAGGAUUGUUUCAAGAUGCCGAAACAUUGGUAAAAGCCAGAGGAACAGUAGUUUCAGUGGUCAAGUACCUGAAAGAUUCUAGCUUGCUUUUGGAUGGCGAGAAAAAUGGAUGUGUAAAGAUGCAUGAUGUCAUCCGGGAUACAGCCAUUCAAAUUGCAAAAUCUGAAGAUGGGCAUCGGUUUUUGGUAAAAGCUGGCUGUGGUUUAGAGAAUUGGAGGCCACGCGGAUUACAUGAAGGCUGCACUGCUAUUUCACUGAUGAGGAACGAAAUUCGCAAGCUACCCGAAGAAGAGUUGGUAUGUCCAAAUCUCCAGAUUUUAUUACUAAACCGGAAUGCUGAUUUAGAUGAGAUCCCAGAAAAGUCCAUCCAAAAGCUGAAUGAAUUAAGGCUCUUGGAUCUUAGCGACACUAGUAUUUCCGUGUUACCGCAGUCAUUCAUUCUCCUUACCAACCUCCAAGCUUUGUAUUUAGAUUCUCCCAAGAAAUUUAUUGACAUUUCUAUAGUGGGAAAACUGAAGCUUGAAAUUCUUAGUAUGAGAGAAUGUCCCGGGAGCGGGGGAUUGUCGAGAUUUGGACAUGAACAUCCCGAGAGGAGGGAAUUGUCGAGAGAAAUAGGACAUUUGACCAAUCUAAGGAUUUUGGAUGUCAAUCGCUCUUGGGCAAGAGCCUCGGUGAGUGGUGUGGUCACAAUUCCAUCUAAAGUGAUAUCAAAGUUGCAUAAAUUAGAAGAAUUGUACAUGGUGUACUGUGGAUUAGAAGAAGAAACCAAUAUUUUUGAUGAGUUAGCUGGUUUAUCAAAUUUGAAAAUAGUGCAGGUUGGCAUAUCUGAUGCAAAAUACAUCCCUAAAAAUGUUGAGGCCAAACCAGAUUGGGAUUACUUUUAUAUAAGUAUCAUCGGCGGACGCAACUCCGGUGCAUACAGAAGCGGAGAUCAUAAUUCAAGAUCCUUGUAUCUUAGAGAAGCAACCAUAAGUACCUUGCCUGAAUGGUUUAUCAACGCGGUGACAAAGAAAACGGAGACGCUAGAGUAUGAUUGCUGCAAAGGGAUGAGUGACAUUCUUAUAGAAUAUGACCGUGGGAUGUUACAUAAACUCAAGCAUCUCACAGUAGCUGGUCAAAUUCUUCAUUCCUAUGUGUACUUGAAAGAGUUGAUGAACACAACAAGACGAGUUCAAAAAGGACCAGUGUUUGAGAAUUUGGAAGAGUUGCGUCUGUUAGCACUGAUCCACCUUGAGGAGUUGUGUGUUGGUGAUUUACCACUUGGGUCUUUCUCCAAUAUGAAGAGAUUGCAUAUGUUUGGUUGUUUAAUCUUGAAGAAUGUAUCAAAAUUGGUACAAAGACUACCAAAUCUGGAGAAACUAGAUCUAAAUUGGAUGCCUAAAUUGGAAUAUGUGUUUGGAUGGGAAGGGUUUGAGCUGAAACAAUCAAAACUGAGAGAGAUGCAUUUGUUGGGUCCAAAUUCAGUGAAGAGCAUUUGUAGAGGUCCUGCCCCACGCAUAAUGUUUCAGAGUGUUAAAAGUUUGUUCUUUUACCGUUGCGAGUUGCUGCAAAGUCUGUUCGCAUGUGAUGUAGCCGAGUGUCUUGUUCAAUUGGAAGACCUUUUUGUAGAGCGGUGCCAUUUGUUGAAAAGAGUAAUUGAAGCAGUGAACAACGAGAAGAUGGUUCUACCAAAAUUGAAGAACCUAGUUUUGAAGAAUCUUCCUAUGUUGUAUGGUGCAAGUGCUACUGUUGAUAUUGAGUGUCAUUCACUGGAGCACUUGAUUGUGGUGGAUUGCCCCCAGUUUCCAUUUUCAACUUCUUCCGAUCUCUUCGAAUCCUUCGAAAGCAGGAACCAUAUUUCAUUUUCAACCCCCGCUUCUGACUGCUUUGGCAGCACGAACCCAGUCAAACUCAAUGAUCGACAACUGUACAGCUUCCUAUAUGAUAGAACUUCUGGUUUCCAAUUGUGAAGCCUCUCAAAGUAGAUGGAGACCAUGUAAUGGUCCUGCUGGCUUGCAGUGGUCCCUCAGCUUGUGACUUCCAGAGCAGGGAGUAACCAAGUUCAGCUCUAUUUCUAUGUCGAGGGUUGGUCAUCUAGCUGAGGCUGCAAAUCCAAUUGAUACGCUAGAAGCUUUGCUGGAUCGUGACUUUCAAAACAGCCAAAGAGAUUGUAACAGCCAUUCUAGGAACGUUGGAGAGUGAAGAGAUUAGUUUACAUGCUCAAUCAGGAUAACAUUUGAUUCAUGCCACUGGUAUUUGUAAAUAAAAUUGUUAAAAAAUUCAAGAAUACUGUAAUAUAUAUAUAUAUAUAUAUAUA